CGUUGGUAAGUUGGCUCUUUUGAGCAAAAAUACCAAACAGACUGGUCAGCAUUACCCCGGUAAUCUCAGCCCUCACUAUGUAAUGCGAUGGAACAUUGUACUUCCUUACACAUCCAUGUCUAACCGGCUGUGGUUAUUGGUGAUGGAUCCGGAUUGGUGUUUUCAAUGAUCCAGACCAGGUUUUGCAGACGUCUCUUUCAUAGAGGCUUCACCGCCACCGACUCUGAGAUACUCGUGCAACGUAACCGGCAGCGAGUGUAUCUGUGAGCUUCUUGCAAUUUGACUGGAGCCCAACGCGUUGUAUGUAUUUAGUUUACUAUACAAUAGCUAACGUGCAUUUAUCAGCGGUAUAGAAAUCACUACCGUUAAGCUAGAGAAGUUCAUUAAUGCGUUUUCCUUAAUUGCUGAUUUGCGUAGUUUUUCUGUGGCAGCUGUUCCUAUGAAACCCCGAACAACACAGUGGCUAAACUUUGUGUUGUGUGUGAUAGCACUGCUGGAGAGCUUGCUAACACAAUGCACAGCUGACCACUGCAACUGGAGAGGAAGCGGGCUUAGCCGUGAAGCCCAUUCCGGGACGGUCCAGCAGGUCCGUCUGAGGUGCACGGAGGGUUCUGUGGAGUGGAUGUACCCGACCCAGGCACUGCGAGUCAUCCUGGAACCCAACCUGUCCAGUGCGCGGCACACCACGGUCUGCAUCAAGCCUUUCCGCAGCUUCAGCGGCGCAAACAUCUACGUGGAGCGCGCCGGGGAGCUGGACCUUCUGGUGAACGAGCAGGCGGGCCGGCGGGAGCGGGUGUACUGUUUCAGGGCGGACAGCCCCCAGCACGCCGCCGUCUUCCUGCAGGCUAGCCCCCAGCAAGACAUCAGCCGCCGCACCGUGGGCUUUCAGUACGAGCUUCUGAGCAACCACAGCUGGACGCCCGACUUCCACAGAGUGGCUGAGAUAGAAGCUGUCUGUCGGCCCUGUAACAACACAGAGCUUCUCAUGGCUAUCUGCAGCAGUGACUUCGUUGUGAGGGGGUUCAUCAGGGCUGUGUCUCACGAGCUGGAUCAGCAGGUGUCCCAGGUGGAGGUGGGAGGGGCACGGCUCUACAGGCAGAAGAACACUGCGUUCCAGCAGGACCAGGGCAGCGGGCGCUGGGGGGGGCGGAUCAGGACUCCGCUGCGGUGCCAGGCGAAGCAGGGGGAGGGUGACUUCCUCUUCACUGGCACUGAGCACUUCGGGGAAGCGUGGCUCGGCUGUGCCCCCAGGUACAAGGACUUUGUGAGCGUGUACAGAGCAGCUAGAGAGACCAGGGCCAAUCCAUGUGAGUUUCCACUGGACUGAGCCGAACCGUGCAGGGGACACCUGCACCAGAUCCACACAGGACAGGACUUCUUUUAAAAUGCCCUCAGCAGGACUGCACUUUCCUUUUUUACUUACUGUUUUUUAAAGAUUAGCAUUGAAAAAAAAGUGUAGAAAUGAUCAAAGUUAAAGCACUGGGGUUGUAUGAAAAAUGCAUUCUGCAGGAAUGGAAAUAAGACUCCCACUGCAUAGCGGUUUCGCUAUGAGUUUAAUAAGACACACCUGAGCUUGGUAACUAUACACUGUGGCUAACGGAGCUUGUAGUAAAACCUGGAAUGGGUGAAACUGCAGUGCAAAAGGGGUCUUAUUUCCAUCCCUGAUUCUGUGCAAUAUUUCAGUUAAACAGAGGGUUUUGUAAUUGCAUUUGUUUUAUGACAAUGUGGCAUACCACUAUACUACCACUGCAGUUCUGUCUGUAGGAGGGAUGCACUGUGCACCCACACAUGUGUCUGUAUAUUAUUACAAUGCUGUCAACUUGCUUGAUAAAUGAUUGGUACAUUGCAGUUCUUUGUGUUUACCACGUUCUGAUGCUUAAAUAAUACUGCCUCAUGAUCUACGACCUUGCUUUUAAAGGCUAUACUCAGAUAUACGCGUUAUCUGUGUAUGUACGUUGUGUUUAUAUAUGAUUUUAUAUUAAUUUUCGCACACAGGGUUUAUCCGAUGAAUGAUUUAGCAUUGUUGAAAGUGAGGCAGGAUUGUUUUUUAAAUGGUAACCUGAAAUGGUCUUCUGCAGGGAUGAAGGGGUCUUCGAUACCCUGGUUUCACAUUGCUUGAUAAAGGAAGGCUUCAGAAUCGAGCAACGUGAAAAAGGAGCGCUGUGUAAUUCAUUUAGAUUGUGAGUAACUUGCCAUUUCUAAGCCAGGUACACCAGUGCGCUUUAUUAUCUGUUAAGUGUCAAAUGUUCCAGCAACACAAAAAACAGCAUAUUAAAUAGGAACAGAUUUUUUGUAAAAUGUUGCACUAUGAACAAAUGUUAAAACUUGAGCCGUAGAUGAUGUUAAGCUGUGAUUUGUAUUUUUUUUUUCUCUGUACUGGUAGAACAGCACUAACAACAAUUCUGGAGCUGUGUUAUUCUCUUAAUAUUUAUUGCCAUGUAUUGUUCUGAAAUUUAGCAAUGUUCAAAGUCAUUGUGCCCUUUUUAAAUAGUUUUGCGUAUUGUAAUAAUGCAUUGCACUGGGUAUUAUUCUUAAACAACAACUGUAAAAACAGUUAAUAGAUGGAAUCCAAAGCUGUCCCUUCACCUUAAGAAAGGGAACAUUCCUGUGUGCGCUGCAUUGUGAAAUCCACUGGUCAGAUCCCUUUCUGUUUCACCUGUCGUUCUGUACCUGUGCCACUCCUCCUCACUGGGGCGUGGCAGAGCCUCGCUCUGGAGAGUGGAGUUAGUGUUCGGUAAACCUUGUACUGAACGUGCAGAAAAAAGAAAAAAAUACUAACUUUGGGAUCAGAUAGAAAACAUGUUAAAUCAUUCAAUGUGACAUUUUCUUUUUAAAUAAAGACAUUUCAUUUUGGAGAUGAGA